CCCUCGAUCAAGUGAGCCUGCGGUUUUUGUACCUACCAUCACAUUCACAUCACAUAGGCCCGGCGUCCGGAGCGAUAAUCAGCGAAGAUGGUGGUGGUCUCGCGGGUGGCCGGCGGGCUGGUGCGUGCCCUCCUCUUGGGCGUCUUCGGGUCGGCCGGGACGGUGGUCGGCGCCGCGUACGGCCUCCUGUCAGGCUUCGUCGACGACGAGGACGGCUUCGCGCAGGGGACGCUGCUGGGGGCGCUCGCCGGGGCUCUCGUCUCCCUCGACCUCGCCCACUCCCUCCUCACCAUAUGGUGCCGCCGCCGCUCCUCCUCCUCCUGCACCGGGCGAAUCAAGCGCACCGUCGCCGCCGUUGUCGAGCUGACGACUCUCGCCGACCCGCAGUACUGUGGAAGACGAGAUGAUCGCGCCGUCGUGGGCCUCGACCGGCCGGCAAGAUCGUCCAGCUUCGGCUUCUUUCCGCCGGCGGCCGUCACUGAUGCAGGUGGCACUGGCGGCUGCUGCCCCAUCUGCCUCCAGGAGUUCGACGCCGGCGGCGAGCGCGAGGGGCGGCGGCUCCCGGCGUGCUCCCACGUCUUCCAUCUCGAGUGCAUCCGUAGCUGGCUCCUGCGCAAGCCCCACUGCCCCAUGUGCCGUCACGCCGUCCACUCACACGGCUGUUGACCUUCCGGCGAGCAGGUCAAUUUGUGAUUUCAGAUGUUUUUGGCCAUCUCAGUUCGUGGUCACCGGGUGUGCUUUACUUGGGAGCUGCCACGUGUAUAUUGGGCUGUCGUUGCCGCGAACCAGUGAAAAGUCAACCGCAAUAUACAGUACAUAUAGUAAACCAAAGUGUAAUACAGUUAUUUUUUCUUCUAUAGCAAACGAGCUUUGAAUAGUAA